AUGUCGAUAGCUACGACAUCUGCCCAAGUCGGUGGGGCUCCACCGACAGGUCUGGCCCCUUCUCCGGCUGCUCUCGCAGCACCACGAGCACUUCGCUUCAUAAGCGCAUCCGAAGCCAGCGAGAUCGAUGCUGCACUCAUGUCACCGGACCAGCAUGGAUACGCGUUGGAACAAUUGAUGGAGCUGGCAGGCUUGGCAUGUGCACAGACCGUCUUCAGAUCUUAUCCUCCGGAUACCUUUCCCGUCAUUCUCGUCGCCGUGGGCCCCGGCAAUCAGGGAGGGGAUGGGCUGGUUGCAGCUAGGCAUUUGCAUCACUUUGGGUACAAUGUUCUGGUCUGGGCACCAAGACUCAAGGGCGACCACAUCUCGGUGAGUGUGCAGAGGGGCUCUCAGACAUUAGGGUCACUACGCAUGAGCGCAAGUGCACCUUCGGGGCUGCUGGAAUGAUCGCACUUCUCACGGGAAUACUGUGCAUUACGUGUACCUCAGUCACCACAAGGCGCUGCAGCCUUUCAUAUCUCUCACUUACACCCUCACACGCUCCUUUCAACAGCGGCUGGAACGGCAACUGCGCAACUUGGAUGUUUUCUUCGCUAUGGCUGAUGACUCGGGUUUCGAGGACGCGCUAGAUCAAGCCGAUGUGGUUCUGGACACAAUCUUCGGUGCGUGCUGAGCAACAGUCGCUGUUGAGCAUGGAUGCAGCCUUGACAUGCCAGGGUUGUACAUGAGACAGGCUUUUCAUUUAAGGGACCUCCCCGAGAACCAUUUGCAAACGUCCUCAAGGCUUUGAUAGAGGAGGUAAGUUGCUCAGUCUUUCCGAUCCGGUCAGGAACGGGCUGCUGAGUUCGCCUAUCGGUCUUCGCAGUCGCGCAUGGAAUUUCAAAUGCGUCGGCCCUGCCCGCCAGUGGUUUCCGUGGAUAUCCCAUCAGGCUGGCCCGUGGACGAGGAAGGUGGAGAAGCAAACGCAGCGCCCGUAUUCGCGGAGUCCGAGCGCGGACGACAGAGCGAGAGGUUCAUUCCCGAAGUUCUGUUGUCCUUGACAGCCCCCAAGAGCGGGAUCAGAUCACUGGUGACGGGAUCAAAGCCGGUACGCCACUUCAUCGGAGGGAGGUUCAUUCCUAAGGCGUUAGAACACCAGUACGCUUUGGCCUUGCCGGCCUACCCAGGGGACGAGCAAAUUGUGGAAGUGACGGGAUGGGAGGAAAUGUCAUUGGAGCAGGCUAGACAUUUGGCUCAGCAGGAGAUGGAAGCUUUGGCGAGCGCACCCUCAAAUAGCGACGAGGUCGUUGCUUCUACCGUCGUCCCCGCUGGCACAGCGGCCGCACACCUCAGUCAUCAAGCCGAUGCUGCACAGAAAUUGGAAGCGGGGGCUGCGGAUGAACAGCACAAGGUAUAG